AUGUCUACAGAUCCCCAGUUGAAGCCUCCCAAGGAGUAUACAGCUCGAGCAUGGUCUGUCAUUCUCGGUGCCUGCAUGGCCGUCUUCUGCUCCGUCGGCUUCAUCAACUCGUACGGCGUCUUCCAGGAAUACUAUCUGACGCACCAGCUCGCCAACGAGUCCGGCUCGACCGUGGCCUGGCUGGGCGGCGUCAGCAUCUUCUUCAUCUUCUUGGGGUCGGCAGUAUCUGGGCCGGUGAUGGAUAUCUCAGGGCCUAGAAUCAUGCUCUGUGUUGGAUCCGUAGGGAGCGUGUUCUCGAUCAUGAUGGCGUCGCUGUGCCACAAGUUCUACCAAUUCCUCCUCGCCCAGGCCGUUUCAAUGGGCAUGUUCAUGUCACUCCUGGUCGCGCCGUCGAUAGCCAUUGUCGGCCAAUAUGUCAAAGUCAAGCGCGGUGCUGCGAUGGGCAUCGUCAUUGCCGGUUCCUCACUCGGAGGUGUCGUCUGGCCCAUCGUGAUCAACGAGCUGCUGAAGAACGAGAGUGUCGGUUUUGGCUGGACCAUGCGUAUCGUCGGGUUCAUCAUGAUCCCUUUGCUCGCUGUUGCGUGUAUCUGCUGUCGACCUCCACUUGACCAGGCCCAAGCCCAGACAUCGGACAGUGAAUCAGCCCAGGAGAUCAAGGACGAAAAACGCAGACCUGAUUUCUCCAUCCUGAAAAAGACCGAGAUGCGUCUACUGUGCUUAGCAUUCUUCACCAUCUACUUUGGCAUGUUCGCGCCCUUCUUCUUCAUCACAUCGUACGCCUCCGCGAUGGGCUUCUCGGGCGAUCUGGCAUUCUACAGCGUAUCAAUCCUGAACGGGGCGUCGAUGUUUGGCCGAAUCCUGCCAGGAAUGGUAGCAGAUAAAUAUGGCCGGUUCAACUUCUGCAUGCUCUUUACCUUCCUGUCUGGUCUAAUAGCGCUCUGCUGGACAAAAGUCACAUCUGUCGCUGGCUUGGUCGUGUUCGCUGCUGCAUAUGGCUUUACAUCUGGAGCCAUCCUGUCUCUUCAGCAAGUAUGUGCUGUGCAAAUCGCAACGCCCCAAACACUCGGGCUCGCAGUCGGGACGAUAUUCGCUGCGUCUUCAUUCUCGGCAAUGGCCAGCACGCCCAUCAGCGGCGCGCUGUCGGAGAAGUACGGAUAUCUCUCGCUGUCUAUCUACUCUGGCGUGAGCUUGAUUGUUGGCAGCGUGUUCCUUGGUAUGGCGCGGCUGGUGCAGAGCAGGAAGAUUCUGGUUGCUGUGUAG